GAAACUUCCUUAAACAUAUAAAUACCCUAAUAGCUAGCCCCAUAAUCAAUCACCAACCAGAAAAUUUGAAGAGAAAAAAGAAAAAAAAAACAGAAAAACACUAAGAAUGGCGUGUGAAAGGAAAACUGCGAUUAUGUCAAUCGCUAUAUUUUCAAUGAUCAUAGCAGUGACCGCAACCGAAGCUGAUGGCCGAUUUAAUGUCCGAAGGAGCUUAAAUGACUUUGGUGGAGCUUGCUGCAAUGUGUUCAUUCAUACAUGUUGUUUUCCUCAUCAUUAACUUGACUACAUUUAAUUGCAUACUCUCUAAUAAUUCCUUCUGGUAUUUUUCCUUUUUUGCGAGGAUGAUUGAUCAUCUACCUACAUAUCUAGUUAAGUGGACCGGACCAUUGAACAUCAUGUUUGAUUAGCAAUGUAUUUAAAUGACAUGUAUGUAUUUUUUUAAGACACAUUUUAUUUAAUAAACCAUAUACUGUAAUUCUUAACCUUCCUUUUCGUGAAAUAUAAAAGACAUCCGCAAGAAAAUUGAUCAAUGAAAAAAGUUUUAUGU